CGCCCAACUGCCGUUUUCCAGGCAAUUUAUGGUGUGAGGGAAGGGAGGGUUCCUUUGUGGGGAAUGUUGGUUGUCCUGAGUCAACACGGGACAGGUUGCGAUGUUCUGCAACAAAAUGACAAGCACCAUCGCUGCCUUCUGCCUUUCAGGCCUUUGGGGAACAAUCCAGCUACUGGAAGCAAGGGAUCUCCAGAACUGUGUGCCAAGAAAAACAGUGGCAUACCAACCUGAAAAUCUGAACAUUUUUUGGAAACCAGGACUGUCCAAUUUUUCCACUCUCUUGGUGAGUGAAGAAACCAACACUUUGUAUGCCGGAGCUAAAGAUUAUAUCCUUGCUCUUGACUUGAAUGAUAUCUCUAAAGAAAUAACCAGGGAGGUCUGGUUUGCCCCAGAGGACAGGCAGCUUGAAUGCCUUCGCCGAGGAAAGAGCAAAGCAGAAUGCCAGAAUUACAUCCUCCUCCUUCAUGAGAUAAAUGCGACCAGCUUCUACAUUUGUGGAACCAAUGCUUUUCAUCCAGCUUGUCGUUACAUGGUCAUUGACGACAGGAAGUUAAAGCUGCAGUCAAAGGCUGUGGAAAGCAGAGGUAGAUGUCCCUUUGAGCCAAGGACAAGAUAUGCGUCCUUGAUGGUUGACGGUGCACUUUAUUCUGCCACUUCAAACAACUUCUUGGGUACGGAGCCAAUUAUACUACGGAGUUUGAGGAAUCCUUUAAGGACAGAGUUUAAAGCAUCCUGGCUUAACGAGCCCACCUUUAUUCAUAUUGAUCUCGUACAGGAGAGCAAUGCAAGCUCCGACACGGAUAGGAUUUAUGUGUUCUUUACUGAAACUGCCGUUGAGUUUGAGUUCUACGACAAGCUUCUGGUCUCCCGGAUGGCCCAGAUCUGCAAAGGUGAUCUUGGCGGGAAGCGCACACUGAAAAAAAAAUGGACUUCAUUUUUAAAGGCCACCCUUGUCUGUUCUGCUCCUGAAUCAGAUUUCCAGUUCAACGUCCUUCAGGCUGUCUUUGUGUUCAAAACCACGAACUGGCGGGAAACCAUCUUUUAUGGGAUUUUUACCCAGCAGUGGGGGAGAUUGGACAUCUCAGCUGUUUGUGCAUUCAAAAUGGAAGCUGUGAAAGAUGUCUUCCUGAAAGGGAACUUCAAAGGCCCUGUUGCUGUCGAGAAUUCCCACACAAAAUGGGUGGUGCACAGGGCAGAUGUCCCCACUCCUCGCCCUGGUGCUUGCCUUGACAAUUCUGCCCAACGCCAGGAAUACAGCUCUUCUCUUGACUUGCCAGACAGAGUCCUCCAGUUUGUCAGGGAUCAUCCUCUGAUGGACAGCAAUGUGGACCCUGUUGGCCGUCAGCCAGUGUUGCUGAAAAGAGGCACAAGAUACACACAACUUGUGGUAGACCGAACCAGGGGCUUGGAUAAUGCAACGUAUGACAUAUUUUUCUUAGGGACAGAUAAGGGCUAUCUGCACAAAGCUGUCAACCUCCAGGGGGCGAUGUUCAUUGUGGAAGAGUUGCAGCUGUUUCCAUCGCUGGAGCCUGUGCAGACACUCAAGCUGGCUCCCCAAAAGGGCCUCUUCUAUGCUGGGUCUCCCUCCCACCUGGUGCAGAUCCCUGUGGCAACCUGCAGCCAGUACAAAUGCUGCUUUGAUUGCGUCUUAGCCAGAGAUCCUUACUGCGCCUGGUCCCUGUCUCUUCGCAGUUGCAUCCUCGUGACUAACCAGUCAGGGGGCUCACAGGAUCUGAUUCAGUGUGUCAGGAAUGGUGAUGCCUCCAGGUGUCCUGAAGUGGAAAAGAACAUCAGGAGGUACCCUGUUGCCCUUGGUAGCAGCCCGCAUCUCAGCUGCACCCCACUGUCCAACCUAGCAAAGUCUGUCUGGACAUUUAACGGUAGCCACCUGCAAGAAGAAGAGGCGAAAUAUCUCUUCCAUGCUGAAGGGUUGGUCGUGUUUAAUGUGACAGCUGAUGACAUCGGGCUGUAUGAGUGCCAGUCUGUUGAAAUGGCCAAUGGGAGAGAAUUCAGCAUUUCUGUGUCUGCCUGUCUUCUUUACCCCCAGCAGGAGAGAGAUUUCAUCAUGGCCCCAAAGAGCAAUUUGUCAAACCAGAUGUGUGCCAUCUCAGCAGCAACAAAGAGCCAGUUGUCAGCGUCUCCCCAGAUGGUGGACCCAGCAAGAUUAGAGCAGCCCCAGGGAGUCCGAGGGCUGUCGUUCACUUUGAUGCUUUGGGGCUCCACGUUUGCCCUACUUUUCCUUUCCUUGCUCUCCUGGAAUUUUUACAAGGGCCACCUCUCUCUCCCCUGGAAAACCUCUGGCAGCAGGAGGUCAGAAGUGGCAGGCACAGUCGGACAAGCAAGUCUCGACCUGAGUCUAGGGCAAACAGUCUUGACUCAGGAAGGCUUCGCUGCCUGUCCUAUUGCCACCUCCACCAGCGAAUCAGGCCCACUGGUGAACUCAUCCAAAGAUGAGUGCGGCGUGAAAGCGAAGCAGAGCACCAGCCUCGCCAAGGGUGGGAUGGUGUGUGGCUCUUCCAACUGCCUGGUUAUGAAUGAAGCCUUGCUUUGAAGUAUGACGGUACCGAUGGAGGGAGCUCAGCACCAUCAUGUACACAGGCGUCUUUUAAACAAACAACAGGAGUUGCUAAAUGUGUUUGGAGUCUCUUUCUUUGUCACUCCCAUUGUCAGAGAGUUUGUGAAAAUUAAAAUUUUUAGGAAAGUU